CCUUGAACACAUAAGAGACCUUUCUGGAGAGAGAGAGAGAGACACACACACACACACACAGCUCCACUGAGAAGUUAAUCUGGCUGCUGUUGAGGGUAUUCUUCAGAAAACAAGAAAAAAAUGGCUCGCUCUUUCUCCAACGCUAAGCUUUUCUCUGCUUUUGUCUUCGACGGAAUCUCUAGCGCUCUCUAUAGACGAGGAUACGCGGCGGCAUCACGGGGAGCUGUGUCGAACGUGGCAAGAGGAACAGGAACAAGAAGUGGGGCGAUGAUGAAGAAGUCAGGAGAAGAGAUGGCGGGAUCCAAUGAGAAGGUGUCAUGGGUCCCAGACCCCGUUACCGGUUACUACAGGCCUGAGAAUGGUGCCAAAGAUAUCGACGUGGCGGACCUACGGGCCUUGCUCUUGAAGAACAAGAACUAAAAAUCAUGUUUCAACAAAGGAAUGGGUUUGAUGGUUAGUCCCAAGAACUGUCGAGGUGCCCUGAAAAUUUCAUCAUCUCUGUUGGAAAUUGUUGUCCUCUGUUUACAAGAAGAAUUAGUGAUUGUAAUAAUCCCUUGGUUGAUUUUUAAUUGAUAUAGGAAUGAAAUUAAACAUAUUUUAAUGCAA